AUGCCAGCGCGGCCUGUGUGGACAUGGGCCUGUCUGAUUGCGGCGCUGUAUCUGUAUGUGCAUGUGUGGCUCCGAAAAGAGGACGAGCGGCCGGGUGUGCGCAGCGUCGUGCGGCCGAUCCGGCGUCUCAAGGACGUGCGUGGCUUUUUGCAGGAGCGGCAGCACAAUGCGUGGGCGUCGAUGAUACCAGCGGAUGCAUGGCAAGAUACGGAGGCCGUGUGGCCUGACGUCACGGACCGACACACGCUCAAGAUGCUAGCACGUAUGUCGUGCUGGGCGUACUAUGAGCAUGUGCCUACGACCAUCACCGACGCACCAGGCUGGCAAUGGUCGAGCAAGUUUGGCUGGGACGUCGAUGGACUUCGAGGCCACAUUUUUGCGACGGCGAACAAUGCGAGUAUUUUGGUGGCGCUCAAAGGCACGAGCGCGAGUGUGUUGCCCGGUGGCAAAACGGCCCAGCAGGAUAAGGACAAUGACAACUUGCUCUUUUCCUGCUGCUGUGCUCGCGUGUCCUCGUCAUGGAAACCGGUGUGUGGCUGCUACCGUGAUCACCAGACCUGUGAUGCAGUGUGCAUCGGGCGCACGUUGAUGGAGCGCUCGCUGUACUACCCAGCGGCCACGGACCUGUACAACAACAUCUCGUACAUGUAUCCCCGCAGCCAGAUUUGGCUGACAGGCCACAGUCUCGGAGGUGUCAUGGCGAGUCUGCUGGGCGCGACGUUUGGCGUGCCGGCCGUGGCAUUCGAGUCACCUGGUGACCGCCUGGCAGCGCAGCGACUGCAUGUGCCGCUACCGCCUAGCGAACAAAACAACACGGAUGCCUUGGUCCCGGUGACCCAUGUGUACCACACCGCCGAUGCCCUGGCUACAGGGCAGUGUGUCGGCCCCCAUUCGCUGUGUGCUCGCACGGGCUUUGCGCUGGAGACCAAGUGCCACAUUGGCCAGAGUAUCGUGUAUGAUACCGUGCGGUACUUGGGCUGGUCCGUCGGUGUGCUCAGCCACCGAAUGACGCAAGUCUUGUCGGAGCUGCUCUCGGAGGACUGGGACAAGCGCGUACUACGAGGUAGGUCGGUGCCGUCCUCCGUGGCUGCGACGCUGGGAGCCGUGCCGGAGGCGCAGCAUGAGACGGACUGCGUCGACUGCGCGGGAUGGACGUUAUCUGCCUAG